AUGUUUGCCAGAUGUUUAGCAAUAGCUGCAAUUCCUGUCCUUUACAGGGACACCUACAAAAAAUGCUCACACAACGACAAUCCUGUACACAAAGACAUCUACCAAGCCCUACUGUCUCAAUGCAACUUGGACUCAUCUCAACUAAAGAUAAUUUGGGAUUUGGUGGGCCCUAAGGGACAAGGCACAGUCACGAGGACAAAUUUUUACAAAACUUUGGCCUUAGUGGCUUGGGCCCAACAAGGCAAAUCGGUAUCAGAUAAGUUGUUUGAUACAUUUACAGGUGAUGAGUACCCAAGUCCUAAAAUCAAUGAUUUAAGUUCAGUGGUUAAUCUCAAACUGAAACUGUUUGUUGAAGAAGUACCUUCAAUUAGUAGCUAUGAAAAAAUUAUAGAAAUUGACACUGUUACAGUGCAGUUGGUACCUGAAAAGAAAGGCUUAUUUUUGAAGUAUUCUGAAUAUUUAGUUUGUUCAAAGAGGUUCAAUACAAAAGUUACUAGGAGAUAUAAUGAUUUUGUUGCUCUACAAGAAUUGUUGCUCAGUAGAUUUCCUUAUAGAUUGGUUCCUAGUUUGCCUCCAAAAAAAAUCAUAAUGAAUGACACUCAAUUCUUGGAAGAACGUACCAGAGGUCUACAAAGAUGGCUCACAUUAGUCUGCAGACAUCCAGUACUCUGCCACGAUAGCAUUAUGGCAUUUUUCCUCACUGAUGAAGGCGCCGAUCUACAGCAUCGCAUCAGGAAUGUUUUCAAGAAAAUCCCCGAUGAGUUUAUGACUUCUGAUGUUGCUGCUACAGCCAAAGAAUUGUUGCCAAGUGAUAAUAGUCAAAUUGCUAUUAAUAGAGAAAAUAUCAGGACUCUGGUGAAUAUAGUGGGCAGAUUGAAGCAAAAUGUGGAUUCUUUGGUGGAACAAUGCCAUUUGUCUGCUAGAGAUAUUGAAGAUAUGUCUAGUCAGUUGAAAAAUGUUAGUGGGAUGAAUAUUGGAACUCAUUGGAGCAAUUUUGCUAGCAUGUCAAAUGAACUUCAUGUAAUCUCUCAAACCACAUUAUCCAGAGCAGAUACGGAACAACGUAUAGUAUGCGAAAAACUAGCUCUACUCUAUGACAUAUUGGUUUCAUAUAAAGAACUCUGUGAGAGGCUGGAAAAAGGUCUUGCCUACGAUCACCAAGUUGCUCUAUCCAAAAUGCUGGCUCUAAAAAAGAAAAAACUACAAGGCGCUAUUAGAGGCGUUGACUCCGAAACAGUGGAACAGUUGGAAGCCAAAAUGCUGGCACAAGAAAACAUUAUUUCCAGCAUAGAUUUGAGAACGGAUUUCAGUUUGUAUUGCGUGCACAUGGAGACGCAGCUCGUGUUUGCCUAUUUGGGUACAAUGCCAUCUAUAUUUGCCAGUUUUAUUGAUUUGAGAACCAAGACUCAGUUUGAGGUUUUGGAUCUUUGGAGGAAUUUACAAUCUCAAUUUUGCACUUUGCAAAAAGGUGAUGCAAAUGGUAUUGGAAAAAAGUAA